AUGUCUGACUCGGAGUGCGAAACGACUGAUGUGGUGAUCUGUGGCUGUGGCCCGACCGGGGCCAUGCUGUCGGCAUAUUUGGGGCAAAUGGACGUGCCCAACAUCGUUCUGGAGAAGGGAACGGAAAUCACAACAGAUCCUCGCGGUAUUGCAUUGGACGAAGAUGGGAUUCGCCUGCUCCAAGGCCUUGGCCUGUAUUCGUCCAUUUAUUCGAAGAUUGGCACAUGCAUGCAUAAAUUCAGGUUCAUUGGGGGAACCGAGCCCGUCCUGGAUAAGAAGGCGUUUAUUGAGAUGAACUACGGAACGACUGAGGGCGGCACCGGUCAUGUGGGUUUUAUCUGCCAUAAUCAGCCUGCUCUAGAGCGAUGCUUGCGAGACGCGAUGGCGGCUUUGAAGUGCUGUGAGCUGCGGUCUGGCUGUGAAAUCACCGGGCUCUCUGAAGACGAAAUGGGUACUGUAUGUGAGUACAAGGACUCGGAAGACAAACUUCGCCGCAUACGAUCGCGUUUUUUUGUUGGUGCAGACGGCAAAACUGGUUUCACCAGAAAGCAGUAUCUCGAGUCUAAAGGAAUCCUCAUGGAGCAAGCCCAUCAAGCAUUCUACGAAGAGACAUGGGUAGCUCUGAAUUGGAAGAUUAGUCUUCCCAACGACAAAACUCACCCCGACUUUCCUUUGUGGAAGUUGGGGUAUACACCCGAGCAAGUGUACGAUCUUUUCUUUCCCCGCAACUUUCGGUUCAUCUGCAAUCCCAAUCGACCAUCCGUGUGUGGUCGCUUCGGACUACCCUCCGAUCGAUUGUGGCGGUUUGAGUUCGUUAUUCUAAGUGGAGAAGACGGAAACGAGAUGUCAAAACCGGAGAUGAUCAAGAAGGUUGUCUUUCCAUAUAUUACCCAUGCGGGGAGUCGAUACGGCCUUUCAGGGGACGUGUCAUUCCCAGAAGACUGCAUUGAAGUUCUUCGUUCGAGGCCAUUCAAAUUUUCCGCUCGAAGCUGCAACAGAUGGUCGCAUGGUCGAGUAGUCUUGUGUGGCGAUGCUGCACAUGUUUUCCCUCCCUUUGGCGGACAAGGUAUUGCAUCAGGUUUCCGAGACGCUGCGUCGCUAGCGUGGCGUCUCUCCCUUCUUUGUCGAAAUCAAAGCCAAAGGCCUGGAUUUCAUGAAGACGUCUUGAAGGCUUGGUACACAGAACGCAAGCAGCAACUUGAGAAGUCGCUCGCGUCAACUAUUGAGAAUGGAAAAUUUGUAACGGAGAGUAACCCCCUGAAGAUAUUCGCACGCGGUAUCUAUCUCUGGUUGAUACAGCUCGUCCCAGCAUGGCGCCACGAAUUAUCACUCGGGCGUCGAAAGGAAGGGAUGGUGCGAUAUGAAUAUUCCAAAGGGCUGCCUUUUCUUCCAGAGUUCAACGGUGGUCUCUGUCUUCCCCAAGUGUACUGCAAACAAGUUGCGAGACCAGACGGAAAUGUUCUUUUCACGGAUGACGUGAUAUUUGGACAGCAGAAGAAGGGCCUGUUUCAGUUUCUGGUCUAUGUCAAAAGCGCAGAUGAGGUCUCUUCCUCUCGAGAGAUUGUUGCUGGCAUUGACGAAGUGUCCAAAGGAGAGAUCCUAGCAUCUGAAGCGACAUUCUUGGUUGAGGACAUGGGUCGCGGGUAUUGUGCAAAGGAAGACAAUAUCUAUCGGCUUGCCACUGGUGAGGAGUUUGCCAAGUCUCCCUUGUGUGAAAGACGACCGGCGCCGGAGUUCUAUGACCCGUUAUAUCUGGGAAAAGCGUUGAAAGGCAUGCGAUUUGCCAUCUUCCGGCAGGAUAGGUUCAUAUUCGCUGCAUGUGAUACCAAGGAGGACUUGAAGAUUGUGAUUGGCAAGUUGUUUGCAAAUAUUGAACAAUAG